AGGGCGGGAGGGCAGCGGCCUAAGCGGGUGGGGAGGGUCCCUGGGGUCUGGAGCGCCUCUCCCCGAGUCUCCCCUCCCAGCCGCCCCUCCCAGUCUUUCUUUCUUGCUCCUUCCCCAGGCUGGCGGGACCGGCACAGACUUGCCCUAGACCUACGGGGAGCGCCCCAGGUCUUUAAUGACAGCUUAAAAGAGGCUGUUGGAAAAGUCGAAAGGGAUGAGGCUGACGUGGGGCGUGUUUCGCUCCUUUGCAAGAGUCGGAAAGGGAGCUGGGAGCCUUGCAGCUGGCCCCAGGCACCCGCGCCUAGCCGCCAGCAAGUAGGUGGGGGAGUCACCGCCGCCAGCCCCAUCCAGCUCCCAAGCCUCGCCCGCUGCGCCCUGGCCGCGGGCGCAGAGAGGGUGCGGGGCCUCGCCGUGCCUCCUCCACCCUGCUCAUUAACCUGCCUGCUCCGCUCCGCUCCGCUCCGGGCGGCCCCAGACACGGGCUUCUCGGAGCAGCACCCGCGGCUCGCCCGGCGCUGCCGCCUCCCCGAACCCCCGGCUCCGGGGGGCAAUGAGGGGGCGGUGGAAGGGGCACUGCUCGUCGGGCAUUACUUAGAGAAGCGAGACCGCCCCGCCCUCCCGCCGGCCCUCCCUCUCUCCCGCCCGGGCCCGCGCGCCACUCCGCCAGAGGGACAGUCGGCCCAAUAUGUCAAGACCUCUGAUCACUAGAUCUCCUGCAUCUCCACUGAACAACCAAGGCAUUCCUACUCCAGCACAGCUCACAAAAUCCAAUGCGCCCGUCCACAUCGAUGUGGGCGGCCACAUGUACACCAGCAGCCUGGCCACCCUCACCAAAUACCCCGAAUCAAGAAUCGGAAGACUUUUUGAUGGCACAGAGCCCAUUGUUUUGGACAGUCUCAAACAGCAUUAUUUCAUUGACAGAGAUGGACAGAUGUUCAGAUAUAUCUUGAAUUUUCUACGAACAUCAAAACUCCUCAUUCCUGAUGAUUUCAAGGACUACACUUUGUUAUAUGAAGAGGCAAAAUAUUUUCAGCUUCAGCCCAUGUUGUUGGAGAUGGAAAGAUGGAAGCAGGACAGAGAAACUGGUCGCUUUUCAAGGCCCUGUGAGUGCCUAGUGGUGCGUGUCGCCCCAGACCUCGGAGAAAGGAUCACGCUCAGCGGUGACAAAUCCUUGAUAGAAGAAGUGUUUCCAGAGAUUGGCGAUGUGAUGUGCAACUCUGUCAAUGCAGGCUGGAAUCACGACUCGACGCACGUCAUUAGGUUCCCACUGAAUGGCUACUGUCACCUCAACUCGGUCCAGGUCCUCGAGAGGCUGCAGCAGAGAGGAUUUGAAAUCGUGGCCUCCUGCGGAGGAGGCGUGGACUCGUCCCAGUUCAGCGAGUACGUUCUUCGGCGGGAACUGAGGCGGACGCCCCGCGGGCCCUCUGUCAUCCGGAUAAAGCAAGAGCCUCUGGACUAAACAGACAGAUUUCUUAUGCAAAAAAGGAAAAAAACAAAAACCCGUACACAACCAAUAACGCAAACAAAAAAGGGACAUUUAUGUGCAGCUGGGACAGCAAAACCAAGUCCUGGACCUAAAAUUGAUUCAAAAGACACAUUGAUAUCCAAUAGAGACCACACUUGUAUUCAUAUGGGAACAAUUGGAAUAGUGAUAUCCUCAAGGUGUAAAAAAUAUAUAAAUAUAUAUAUAUGUCAAAAGGUAGGAAAUGCAAAAAAAAAAGGAAAAAAAAAAGUUUCAAAAAGGUGGUAGCUACAGUUGGUGCUGUGAUGGCCGUGAGGUGUCCCGGGGCCUCGCAAGGCCUCUGACCGAUAAGCCAUGAGCAGUGAGGACGCGUCUCCUUACGGUUUGCAUUGCCAACAGCCAUCCAUGGUUUCCUUUUCCUUUGUCUUUCUUUUUCCUUUUUUUUUUUUUUUUAAAAAAAAAACAAAAAACAUAAAAAGCCCACCUUGAAUAGAGUUUAUUUGCAGGAUGAAGGUUUCCUGUCCUCUCUUUAGGCAGCCGGGGCAGGACUUCAGAAAAACUCUCACUGAGCACACUGCAUUCGAGAGACGUUAGACAUGAAAUUUUAAACGUAGUCUGUACAGAAGUCACACUUCUCUGCCCGCCUCACAGAUGUGAACAUGACUUUGUUUUUAAACUGAUCAGUUUUGCAAAGGGGCCAGAAUUAUUACUUGUUAGACUUGCUCCAGUUUGAGUCUGCUGCUUUCCUACAAUUUUUCAAAUUUUAUAAUGUAUUAAAUACAAUAAACUCUGUUUAAAAAAUAA